CUGCGCCAGGACGCGACUUCCGGUCCGCAGGGGAGAGAAGCGAUGGAGGAGAAGAGGGACCCGCAGUACCCGAGUCUGGUCACCCCCAGUGUCUACAUGUUCGGAUGUAUGCUGAAGGGAGACAGAAAGGAAUACAAGUUCAAGGUGGAAUGUGGGCGAGCAGCUCACCAGCUUGUUCUGAGAACGGUGUGUGUGGGCUCCGAGGCCAAAGAUGAGGUACAUCUGAUCGAGCUGGAAGCCAUGAACUCGAGCGGGAAAAUGACCAAAGUGCCUUUAACCACUCUGAGACCCUCAAUCCUGACCACAAUGAGUCUGGGAGGGUUUGAAGUGUCGCCUCCGGUCUCGUUCCACCUGAAAUCUGGCUCGGGUCCUGUCUACAUCAGCGGAGAGCACAUCGUGGGGCUGCCCGAGUCGGAGUCGGAAUCUGAGGAGGAUGGUGACAGCUGUGCCAUGAAAAAAAUGCCCGUUAAACGUGAGUCACCCCCUGGUGCUCUACACCCUUCGAAGAAACUGUUCCAGUUGGAGAAAGGGGGGAAAGGAGUGACGGCUACCAAAGCUGGCACGGAAGGCGAUGAAGAUGCCGAUGACGAAGAUGAUGAUGAAGAUGAUGAUGAUGAUGAGGAGGAGGAGGAGGAGGAGGAGGAGGAAGAAGAGUGA